AUGAUCCGCAUCUGUUGCGUGAUCUACCACAGAACGCGAUCAACGAAAAGAUGUAUCUGGGGGAUUCAUCCAAGUUGAAGACACUGGGGGUUGUGUGGGACGCUGCACAGGAUCUCAUACAAUACUCAGUUAAAACAACGACGCCUCCAACCAGUAUCACAAAACGAUACAUUUGUUCGGAGAUCGCGAAAAUAUACGAUCCAUUAGGAUUUCUCGGCCCCGUCAUCACCACCGCAAAACUACUUUUGCAAAAGAUUUGAGUUCUGAAGGUGAAAUGGGACGAAUCGCUAUCCGAUGGACAUCCAUUCCGAAUGGACGCGAUACUACGCAGAACUUCCGCUUCUCAACAACGUAAGCUUCAAACGGAACACCGGCAUCAAGGCAGCUACUGAGAUCCAGCUCUAUGGAUUCUGCGACUGCUACGGCGCGAACAUAUACCUUCGAACUAUCGAUAAAGAGGGUCACUUGCAGGUAAGCCUACUGAUCGUAAAAUCCAAGGUGGCUCUAUUGAAGCAACAGACAAUCCCACGCCUUGAACUCUGCGACGCGGUACUCCUUGCAACACUAGCCACCACAGUUGAACAGAGUUUAUGUAUUGACGUCAACAUUUCUGUGGACAGAUAGCACCGUCUUAUUGCACUAGAUCAAUCGAUCUCCACACACUUCAAACAUUUGUUGCGAAUCGCGUCGCAGAGAUUCAACGCCUCACAAACGGAGCAGAGUGGUGACAUGUCGGAACAUCAAAGAAUUCAGCCGAUCUGAUCUCGCGAGAUCAGUCCCCGACAGAGUUUCUACGGCCAUCCAAUUGGCAAAACAGUCCUGA